AGCAGCAACGAUGGCUUGGAACCGGUGAUCGAUCUGGUCGGUGACAACUCGGGUGGUGGAGGGAGAGAGACGAAGAAAGACGGGGAAAGACAGAGAGAUGUGCAUCUGGCCGGCGACAGGAGAGAGAUGGAGAGAGUAAACUGGAGAGCGAGAGAGAUAAGCCUAACUGACCAGACAACCGAUAUUUUUUUAAAGAAAAACUACAACAAUAGUAGACUUGUUAAUUGUGGUCAAUUUUCUAGACUUUGCUAAUCCACCGAAUUGAUUUUCGCUAAAAAAUAAUUGUUAAGGUACACGUACAUACUUCACAGACUAGUGAUAUUUUUUAAUACUUUUUAUUGUUGACAUCAUAAUCACCGAAACUUUCACUUAAUUUUUUUUUUGAGAUAAAAAUUCCACAAGACACGACAUAUUAGAGUCUGCACGCUAUAUAUCAUACACAUGUCACGAUCAAUCUCCACGCGAGUCUACUUAUGAUUUUGGAAAUUAGAUCGCGCGCUUGCAAAGCGGGUCGACGGAUCGAGACGACUACCAUACUAUGAGUAAAUAUGGAAAUGUAUUUUUUUGAUCCAUCAUGAUUAUCAUUAGUUUUAUGAUAAGCUAACGUAUUUUAAAUACAUAUUUUUCUUUUGUUAAUCACACAAAUUUCAUUCAUCUACUCUUGCAUGAAAGUGACCUAAGCGAUUCACCGUUUGUUUCUUUCAUGGUACAAUCGUUACGCAAAUGUGUUAGGAACAUAGUUCAUAUCAUACACGUAUAUGCAGAAUAAUUGUCUAGCAAAAAAGAAAACCUUUGUGAUUAUUAUUGUCAUACUAGAUUGCUUAAAACAUCCUUCAGUUAAACUUUAUCCAACGCAACAUUCGGUGCAACGCAUGGAAAUUUUGCUAGUAUUUAUGCAACUCACACAUACAACAAGAUUAACAGUCGAUUCAUGAUCUUUUUUUCUAAAAUUUUUUUCCGAUUCGAUCUGGCUGAAGCACCAUAAAGACGGACAGGGGAGUCCCCCCUACACUCACAAGGCACAUGAUAUCCCCGGAGCACCCUCUUCGAUUUUUUCACUAUAUAAAUGAUAAACUAAAGGUCUUUAUAUGGCUAGAGGUUAGAAAAACUGUGUAAUUGAGCCUCAAUUUUUUAUUCCUGGAUCCGCCCCUGAAGACCGACCAAGAAAUUUAAAUUUUGGGAUUCUGCAUACGGAAAGGACGCAACCAAAGGAAAGAAGGAGAGAAGAUAGAUAUAGAGAUAGAGAAAUUCAUGGACUCUCAUGUUCUCCUAAUGGGCCAAGGAAACCCAUGUUCCCCGUUCAUGAAUAUUUAAGGGGAAUAAGGUCACAGAAGGUCCCUCAACUUAACAACAAGAUUUUUUUUGAGAUCCUUUAACUAUAAAACCAGAAAUGUGUACCCCUAAACUCCCUCAAACCGUUCACCGGAGGCCCCUCGGCAGUAUUUUUGCCCGGUUUUACUGACGUGGCAUCCUAGUCAGCAAAAAAGUUUAAAAAAUUACAUGGAGCCUACAUGUCAGUUGCAUCCCAGUCGUUUUUCCUUUUUCUCUUCCUCUCUUUCGACGUUAGUGGGCGAGCGCGGCUGCAGCGGCAGCAAGUGGCGGGCGAGCUCGCGACGACCAGCGGAAGUGGGGUGGCGGCGGCAGCGAGCGAGCGCGCGGGCGGCAGCGGCGGACGGCGCUGUUGCACUUGAACCCGAGGCGGCGGAGGUGGAGGUGGAGGCGACGACGUCGACCUCCCCAAGCAAGCCGAGCACCCAUGCCUUGGUGACUCUGACGCGUCGAACGGCGCGAGCUCGAAGUCGAGCCGCCGCACCGCUGGGAACGGUUGUUGGCCCAAAACCAGGAGACGUUGCCCCAACCGGGAGAAAGCCUUGCUACACCCUAAAAGCUAGCUCAAGAGGUGAGGGACUCCUUCCACUUUUAAGUUGGUUCAACUCCCCCUAGAUUAGCAAUGUGGGACUAUUCCCAACAAUCUCCCUUGAGAUUAGCAAUGUGGGACUAUUCCCAACAACGGUUCUCUUCUCUUUUCUCUCUUCACUCUUCGCCGGCGGCGGGCAAAGCGGCGAUGGGCGAGAGCGGAUGCGGGCGGAGCGGCCGACAACCCCGGCCACCGCCGUCGCUGUCACCGGCCGCCAGCUGCCGACCCCCGCCUAAUGCAUAUGAGCCAUAUGGUUAGCCACAUAUAUAGAUGCGUAUAUACACUAAUACGUGCACAGUUUGCAUGGCCCAUGCAUCUCAUAAAAACCAGCGAGCUAGCUUCUUUGAUAAAUAGUAAUCUUGUUUGCUUACCAUAAAAUGACAAAAUAUCGUCAAACAUCGGUCACGGAGCAGAACACGAAACGGACGUCCACCUGCGCGACGCCGGCUGAAGUGCGUACGCGAUCGAGAUGCACGAUGGUGGACUUCCUCAUCGGCCUCCUCCGCGUGCCCGCGGGGCUCGCCGCGCGCGUCCUCGCCAGGCACGGCGUCGCCGCGCCGGGCUCCCUCGCCACGCUCUACACCGGCGCGCGCGCCCUUGACGGCGCCUUCUUCCUCGUGUUCCCGGGCCCAGACCGCCGCGACACCGCCCCUCCGCCCGCUGCCGUUCGCCCUCUGCGGCCGCGCUCGCCCGCCGCUUGCCGCCGCCGCAGCCGCGUGCUCGCCCCCUGACGCCGCCCCUCCGCCUGCUUCAGCCGCCGCCGCCCCUUUCCGCCGCCUACCGCCGGCGACGUUCUUGCCUCUUGCCUGGGUCGAGGCGCACGCCGCCGCCCGGCCUGAGGCGAAGAGGUCGCCGCGGUGCGCACACGCAGAAAGAGAAGAGAAAAAGGAAAAGAGACUAGCAUGCAGCUGACAUGUGGGCCCCACGUAAUUUUUUAUUUUUUUUGCUGAUUAGGAUGCCACGUCAGUAAAACCGGGCAAAAAUACUGCCGAGGGACCUCCAUUGAAUGGUUUGAGAGAGUUUAGAGGUGCACAUUUAUGGUUUUAUAGUUGAGGGAUCUUAAAAAAUCUCGGUGUUAAAACACCUCCGAGUAGGCCGCUCGUCGCCGUGCCACCGCCGGACAUGCACCGGCAUCUCGGCAGCCUCCUCUCUGGCGGACAUGGGGCGGACAUCACGGUCCAGGUCGGCGACGAGACAUUCGCGGCGCACCGGUGCGUGCUCGCCGCCCGGUCGCCGGUGUUCACGGCGGAGCUCUUCGGCCCGAUGGGUCAGAACAACAAGGAGACCAUCCAUGUCCAUGACAUGGAGCCGAGGGUGUUCGAGGCCAUGCUCCACUUCAUCUACAACGACUCGUUGCCCAAGGAAGACGACGACGAGGUGGUAGCCAUGGCGCAGCAUCUGCUCGUCGCAGCGGACAGGUAUGGCGUGGAGAGGCUGAAGCUGAUCUGCGAGGACACGCUGUGCAGCCACGUCGACGCCAGCACGGCAGGGACGACGUUGGCGUUGGCUGAGCAGCAUCACUGUGAGGGGCUCAAGGAGGCUUGCUUCAAGGUCGUCAUGGAGAGUGAAACACUUCAAGUUAAAGUCAAUCAAGCAGUUCAUCGUGCCUUAUCCAAUCCAUCUGGAGUUCUGUUGAAUACAUUACAAAAGUUGAUAAAGAGAAUGGUUGAUGAGUUAAUUGAUCAAAGAGUCCAUCUCUGGAGGCAAAUUGAAGAAAAACAACAGUAUCAGCUAGGGGGACAAGCACACCAAUAUCUGCAUGAUGAGUUAUAUCAACAAUAUCGGCCAAAAGAAACUCAAAGAUAUCUAUAUGAAGAAGAUUGGGCCGAUAGAACUACAAAAUUAGUAAAUGAGCAGGUUGGACUUAAGCCCAAGGAACAAACUUAUAUGUAUCGGCUGCCAUAUCCUGAAUGGUUUGAUAGGGUUCCAUUGCCACACCAAUACAAGGUCCCAGAUUUCUCCAAAUAUUCAGGGCAAGAUGAUAUAUCUACAAUGGAACAUAUCUGCCGAUUUUUAGCACAAUGUGGGGAGGCAUCGGCUGAAGAGGCUCUAAAAGUUAAACUUUUUCCAUUGUCUUUGACUGGAUCGGUUUUCACAUGGUUUUUAUCAUUACCACCAAAUUCUAUCAGAGGAUGGGUCGAUCUUGAGAAGCAAUUUCAUGAAUAUUUCUUUGCUAGAAUCGAUGAGUUGAAACUUUCAGACUUAUUAUUGGUUAAGCAGCAAGAAGGAGAAUCGGCUAUGGAAUAUAUUAAAAGAUUUCGUAAUAUCCGCAGCCGAUGUUAUAGUUUGAGCCUAAGUGAUGAGCAGCUAGCGGAUCUUGCAUUCCAAGGAUUAUCAACACCUAUCAAGGAUAGAUUAUUUUUCCACGAAUUCAAUAGCCUAGCUCAUCUGAUGAAGAUAGUAUCGACUCAUGAAAGACUAAACAAAAGAGAGUUUCGAAGCAUGAGUCCUCAUACUCCAAAAAUCGGGGGCAUGUGUAACGCCAAAAUUUGGUAGCCCCGAAGUCAUCAUCGGCUUAGAGUCA